AUGAUUAAAUUAUUAAUAGAUUUGAUAAUUUCAAUAAUAUUAAUAAGUUGUAUAAAUUGCAAAAUAAAGACAAUUAGUGUCAAUAAAGAGCAAACAAGUUGGAUGGACAAACCAUGGCUAGAUUAUGUUGGAGUAUUUUUGAGCGUAUCUGUUUCUAUUAUAGAAUCAGUUGGGAGUACAAUAAUUAAAAAAAGUCAUAUAAUUUAUGAAAAAUAUAAAAAACUUAUUGAAAGAAAGGAAUUAAUUACAUGUAAAUUAGAAGAAAAAAAUAGCUCAAAUGAAUAUAACCAAUAUUCUAAUCGAAAUAAAAAGGGAAAAAAAAAAAAAAAGUCCUUUAUAAAUAUUUCAUUAAUCAACAUACAAAAUUCUAAGAGUAUUUACAAGAAAAAAAUAAAAGAAAAAAAAAUUUUAUGUAAUAAAUUUUUUCAUAAAAAAAAAAUAAAAGAAAGAAAGAAAAAGGGAGAUGAAAAUGAGAAUGAGAAUAAUAAUGUUAAAAAAGAAAAAAAAAGAAAUUAUUUUACUGAAGGAAAAUUAAUUAAAAAAAAAAAGUCAGAAAUUAGUGAAUGGAAAUCCAUGACUUACAUUUAUUCUAAAAGUAAUAGAAAAUUAAGAAAAUUAUGCAGCUUUCAAUCAGUAUGCAUUAUAAAAUCAAAUAAUUUAAAAGAGGAAUUUAAUUUAGUAAAAUAUAAAAAUGAAAAUUAUAAUACUAAAAAUAUUACUAAUAAUUCUGAAAUUAUUGAUAUAAAUUACAAAAAUAUGAAUGAAAGUAUUACUAAUUAUAGAUCAAAAUAUAAAAAUUUUUGUAGUAAAAACCUAAAUACAAGAGAAAUAAACAAAAAAACAAAGAGAAAAGAAAGAUCAUUACGGUCACUUAAAAAUUCAGAUUAUUGCACAUUAGAAGAAAUGAAAGGUUUUAAUAGUUUUUAUAAAGAUAGCAAAGAAAAUUAUAACUAUAUUUGUAAUUCUUCAUUUAAAAAAAACAAAUUUAAAAAUUAUAUAAAAAAAAAUAAAAGAUAUAAUAAUACUCACAAGUUUUAUAAGAAAAACAUUAAAAAAAAAUCAUUUUCUUAUGACUCUUUAUUAAAAGAUUUUUAUACAUUGCAAAAUAGGAAUACUAGAGAAACAAUUAUGUCAAAAAAUUUGAAUUUUGAUAAUUCAGAACAAUUAAGCAUGUGUUGUGAUAAUAAAUAUAAUGAUUUACAUAAAAAUAAAGAAAAAGAAGGAACCAUAAUAACUAUGUUGAACAAAAAGGAAUCAAGAGAAAAUCCUAAUAUUAUGACAAACACUACAAAUAAAGAUAAGGUGUAUUAUUAUUCCUUUCCACCUCAGGAAUCGUUAGACAAUAUAAAUAGUAAAAAUUAUAACUUUACAAAUGAAAAUAUAAAUCCUCACUCUUUUUAUAUUAGUAAAAAUAUAGAUAUGAAAAAAAUGUACUCUGAAAGAAAAAGAAAUAGUGAUGAAGAAGUUACUAGAAGUUCAACAUUUCAGACAGUAGAUGAGAAUUAUAUGAAUAAGUUAAAAAAAAGAAGUUAUCUUUAUUUUUAUUGUGGUAUAUUUUUUACAAGUAUAGUUGCACCAUCUUUCAAUUUAUUUAGUAAUGCUCUUUUACCUGCAUCCAUGGUUGGAUUUGUAAGUAUUCGUCUUAUUUGUUCUCUAUUAUUAGAAAGAUUUGUCUUAAAAGAAACUCAAUCACUUUAUUUAUAUAUUGGUAUACCUUUUGCCACUAUAGGUUUAAUAUUAAUAACAAUAUUUUCUGGUAAAGAUAGUCAAUUCAACGAUUUAGAUUAUAUUUUUAAAUUAUUUUUAAAAAUAGAAUCCAUAUUUUUAAUGACAUUUGAAUUAUUAUUUACUUAUUCUGUUGCUUUUUUUUCAAUAAAAUAUUUACAAAUAAAAAAAAAAAAAAUGUAUAAUUUUUUAUAUAUCUUUUCUCCUUUUUCAUCUGGAAUAAUGGGAUCAUUAAGUACAAUUCUUUGUAAAGCAUUAGUGAUAGGUUUUAUGUCUAUAAUAGUAAAAGACAAAUUUAGAUUUUUUCAAUUUUUUUUAAACUAUAAACUAAUAAUUCUAGCUCUAUUAACUUUUAUUGUGGCAAUAACAGAAAUAUUUUAUACUCCUUAUUUAUUGAAACAUUAUCAUUUAACUCAUGUUGUAUCAUUAAAAAGUUUUGGCAAUGUUGCUUUUAAUGCAGUUAAUGGAAUGUUUAUUUUUAACGAAAGACCAAUAUGCAUAUGUGCUUGGGCUUUUGGCUUUUUUCUUGUUCUUAUUGGAAUUAUAUUUUUAUCGUUUGAAAGUGUUAUUCCCAAUACGAUAAAUUAUUUAAAGUUAUAUUUUAGAAGAUCUUCAUAA